AUGUGUGAGAAUGACGAUGAUGACGGUGGUGGUGGCGGUGGCGGUGUGGAUGAUGUAGAUGGAAGGAGAGCAGCCAGCCGGCUGUCUGGUCGUCGAAUGGUCGAGACAGGUUUACGAGACCGACCGCUCUCCGGUACGGAUGCGAAGAUAACUACUCGCCAUAACACACUCGGAACACAUCCUCCACAGACACCGUUCAUCGGAGAUCUCCGUUACUCCAUUUCCUGCAUAUCCAAAAAAUGUACAAACAGCACUACAGUAAUCUCGAAAUUUCUCGCAAUUUUUGGUUUCGAAAAAAUCCACGUCUUCUGCGCGCACUAA